AUGCGGCUCAGCCUGUGGAAGAUGACACUCCUGCUGCUCGUAGCAGAGGCGGUGAUCGCUCAGACGACGCCGGAGGAGACAACGACUGAACUGCCGACCACCGACGAGCCGCCGACGACGACGCCGGACGCGGCCGAAGCCGUGCGCCGGUCGUGGGCCAAGGUGGAGUCGAUGCUCAAGUCGACAGUGGACACCCAGCUGCGUCGCCUCUUGCCUCAAAUGCUACGCGCCAGCGGCGAAGCUGGCAUGUCACCCGAGUGUCAGGCGGCCAACUUUAAGGUCAUGCUGGGACUGCGCCAGCUCAAGUCCUGGGCCAUAAGACUAAUCGACUCGACGGGCCGUCCGGCGGCCGGCACACUGGAGGGCACGCUGUCCGACUUUGGCAACUACGACGAGUGUCUCAAGAUCCGCAUGGUGGACGAGCACACGGGCGAGGAGAACUUCCGCGGCAAGUACUGCACGCUCAAGUUCGCCGCCCCGAUGCCGCCCAAGCCGGAGCGCCUCAACUACCACCAAAACAUCUUCAAUACCACGCUGGAUGAAGGAGGGCUUCUUGAAGACAUGGCCAGAGGGGCGCCCUACUUCUACCAUUUGUCUCCAAAGCUAGGCAUAUGCAUUCCUUCCGCCUGUUCUGGAGAAGACAUCCAGUCCCUCAUCAACGUCGUUUUGAAACCUAUGGACUGGAAUGCUACUGCGAUCAACUGCGACGUUGACGGACCAAUCACCAUAAAGAAGAACCACUUGGCUAUCAUCAUCGUCAUGGGCAUUGUUGCAGCCCUGUGUUUAUUGGGCACCGUUUUAACUACAUGCCGCCGGAUGUGUUCCCAAGAUCCAAAGAACCUACGACCGAAUUUGUUUUUCGACGUCAUGAAAUGCUUCUCAUUCUACGACAACGCUAUGAAGCUCUUCAACACAAAGUCAUCCCAAGGAAUGCUUGGCGCCAUCCAUGGCAUCAAGUUCCUGAGCAUGUGCUGGGUUGUGCUGUGCCACUCCUACAUCUUUAUGAACCCUGAACGAGUCGUGUCAUUGGAGAAUAUUCACGAAGAUCCAUUCAAAUGGCACUUCCAAAUAAUGAUGAAUGGUUGGUUGGCUGUGGACACAUUUUUUAUGCUCGGCGGAGUAACACUUGCCUACUCAACUCUGCGGCAUAUGGCAGAACACAAAGGACGUCUCAACAUAUUCAUCUACUUUUUUCAUCGCAUAUUAAGAAUCGUGCCACCCUUGGGCUUCACUCUGGCACUCAUCAUUCUGCUGCCCGUGUUCGGCCGGGGACCCGUGUGGCACGAAAUUGUGGACGUGCAGGCGAAUAAGUGCGAGCAGAACUGGUGGCAGACUCUGCUUUUCUUUGCGAAUUUCGUCACCACCUACGACUCGAUAUGUCUGGAGACAACUUGGUACCUUCAGUGCGACAUGCAGUUUUACAUAAUUGCCCUUUUGGUCGUUCUACCCAUGUACAAGCAUCCUGUCCUGGGAAGUCUCAUCAACCUCAUGUUUCUCGUUGUGUCUUUUAUAAUAAUGGCGGUCAUCAUAGUUUAUUAUAAUUUCCCUGCCAUCAUGAUUUUCCUGCACCCUGAUGUCGAACUCAUCAAAAAGGAAGCGUUCUAUAUUCACUGGAGGCCCUACACACAUUACGGACCUUACGCCGUUGGACUGUUCCUUGGCCUCCUUUUCUUCAGGAAGCAGAAAAUUCGUUUCAGCAAGGCGCUGGCCAUUCUUGGCUGGGCAGCAGCCAUCACACUUCAGUUGGCCAUGAUUUACGGGAUCCGCGGCUGGCACGAGCAUUACGAGACAGUGGGAAUCGUGGGCUACGUGUUCGCCAUCACUCACCGGACAGCCUGGGCAGCCACUGUGGCCUAUGUCCUGUUCGCUGCGCAGUUUGGCCUCGGAGGUUGGAUUGGCCAGUUUCUCCAGUGGAAAGCACUUAUUCCAUUGAGUAGGUUGACCUUCAUGACGUAUCUUCUGCAUCCAGUUGUCAUGUGGUAUAAGCAGGGCCAAAUGAGGGAGCGCUUUUUCCUCAGGCAUUUCCCUGAGAUGGCUAACAACGUGGUGGCGGACCUAGUCUUCUCCUAUGCUGCGGCCUUCAUCGGAACACUGCUCUUCGAAGUGCCCAUGCUUAACCUAGAGAAGAUAAUCCUGCGGCCUUUUACCGGCCCACCCAAGAAGCAGGGCCGCUCAGGGAACGGUCUGUCCAACUCGGCAUACGCCGCCGAGUCGCCUCCCGUCGACUUUGUCAUCAACGGUCACCACUAUCCCGACGACUACAAGAGAUCAGCAGGAGGCGAGAGGAACAGCUCAUCUAGGCUCUGAGAGCCCUAGACAAUAGACUGACGCGCGAUGACAGCAGUCGCGGCGGAGUAUCUGCAACCUGCUUCUCACAACACUCGGCAGCGCCUCUGAGAAGGAAACUGGCUUGUACAUUGAAAGGUUUCGGCUUGUAUAUUGCUACUCGGAAUGCUGUGAGUGCGCUAUGGCGGGACUGUUUACACCAUCCCGACUACACUCUGCGCACUCGUCCACCCUUUUCUCCAUUAAUUUGCAACGUCACGCUGACUCUGACGACACAGUCAUUGUCGAACGUUGGAUCAUUAGUAUUGCGCUCACAAGCUAGAUGCACGUUAUUUUUUCUAGUAUGAUGUCACAUGUCAUAUGGGUAAUUUAUCUGGUGUUGUGUAGCACAGGCAAGGAGAUGGCUAGUUUCAGUCAUCUAUCUGCUUUGUUAGAAUGUUUGCAUGUCAGCGUGGGCAGGCUAAGCAGAACGAACUGUGAAAGAGCGCGAAGCCCUUACGCGCUGCAUACUGACUUCAGAACACAAACGUGCGGAGGAACCUGGAUGCAGAGGGGUACACCACAGGCAAUAGUUGCACGGGUGGUCCUUGUAUGCGGGAGCUUUUUUUUUAAGUGACCGAAUACUGCAAGUAGAAACCAGGUGGGCCGAAACUCCAGGGGUUAGCGCCAACGCGCAUUCGUCUGUACAUGCUGCAUAUUUUGCCCGAUGUUGAAAAGGAAGCAGAAAGGAAUUGUUAUGGCAGUGUGACACACGUUCAUCCUCGCUGUCGUUACCUGGAUUACGCUUCCUAAAGGUUUUCGUUUCUAUAGCGAUGUAUGUAUGUUUCCCUUAAGCGUUUGAUGCCAUUGAUAGAGCCAUGUCGUUUUCUGUACUUUGAAUGAUUGAAUUCAUUCCCCACUAUAUAAAGAAAGACAAGCAACUAAGAAAAACUUUUCUUAGGGGAAAGGGAACAAAAUCGUGUCAAGAUGAACUUAAAAACAGCACGCGACGCAUUUACAGUCUCAUUCAAUUCAGGAGAAUGUAAAAUAGUAGAAAUAGUGCUCUGUCAGCUACGACAGUUUGGCUCAGGACAAAUAUAUUCACCCAAUUGAUGUUGUUUUUUCGAAGACUCAACUUGUUUUGUAAAUAAAUGUGUAAAUGCCCAUC